UGAACUCAGAAACUGCAUGAAUAUUACCAUUUGAUAAGAAAAACUAUGUUCAGAGAGAAUGGCCAGAAAAACAAGUCCAAUGAAUUUAUCAUUCACUGUGACAUUGAUGACUGUGUUGUGUAGCUCAAACAUGAUUGUUUACAUAGGAAAAUGGGAAGGCAGUUGGAGCAGAGAAGCUGCAGAAGAAGCUGAGGCUGUGGCAGCCAUAGAAUGUUCAGGACAUGGAAGAGCAUACCUAGAUGGUCUUGUUCUUAAAGGCCAUCAACAAGUUUGUGAGUGCAAUCCAUGCUACACUGGAUCUGAUUGCUCCAAUCUUUUAUCUAAUUGUUAUGCCAAUGCUGGAAGUGGGGACCCUUAUUUUUUGGAGCCAUUUUGGAUGAGACAUGCUGCAAACAGUGCAAUAUUAGUAUCAGGUUGGCACAGAAUGGGUUAUUCUUAUAGUGAUGAAUCAUACAUCUCACAACUAUUGGUGGACCAUAUAGAAAAGGUUCAUGCCAUAGUUGGAAACGUAAUCACUGAAGGAAAAUACAUUGUAUUUGGAAGUGGCUCAACACAACUCCUAAAUGCUGCUGUUUAUGCCUUUUCUCCUGAUACCUCUUCACAAUCUCCAGCAAAAGUGGUAGCCACACCACCGUAUUACCCUGUAAGUAGUUCCAUUCAACACUUAUUUCAACAAAAUUUCUACGUAUUAAAAUUGGAGCUUUGUUCUCACAUUUCAACAAACAUUUUGCAGGUGUAUAGAACACAGACAGAAUAUUUCAAUGCUAGGAAUUUUAGUUAUGAAGGGAGCACGUCCUCAUGGAUAAACAAGACAGAUAGCAGCUCUACAUUCAUUGAGUUUGUUACUUCACCAAACAAUCCUGAUGGAAAGUUGACUAAGGGAGUUCUUGAAGGUGAUAAUGUAAAACACAUCAAUGAUCGUGCCUAUUACUGGCCACAUUACACUGCCAUUCCUUCACCAGCUGAUGAUGAUCUUAUGAUCUUCACAAUUUCCAAGUUCACAGGCCAUGCUGGGAGCAGAUUUGGAUGGGCAAUAAUAAAGGAUGAAGCAGUGUAUAAAAAGAUGUUGACAUAUUUGGAUAUGGACACCAUGGGAGUUUCCCGUGAGGCACAGCUGAGAUGUUUAAAGCUUUUGAAUGUUGUUCUUGAAGGAGAUGAUGGAAAAGAGAUAUUCAAAUUUGCAUAUUCAACCAUGAGACAUCGUUGGAUAAGGUUGAAAGAAAUCAUAGGUAAAUCAAAACGAUUUUCCCUACAGAAGUUGUCUUCCCAAUACUGCACCUUCUUGAAGAGGGAUAGAGAUCCUUCACCAGCAUACGCUUGGUUGAAGUGUGAAAGAGAAGAAGACAAGAAUUGCUAUGAAGUGUUGAAAGCUGGAGGCAUCGAUGGGUAUGAAGGAAGCAUGUACAGUGCUGACAAUCGUUACGUGCGUCUCAGUCUCAUUAGGAGCAAAGAUGACUUUGAUAUACUCAUAAACAAGCUCGAAGCCCUUGUUUCUAAACAAUAAAAUUAAUCCUACUUUUUGUGUCCUCAAGGUUUCUAUAGGGUAUUAGACGUUGUUUUUAACAAUGUUUAUUUCAUAAGCAUAACAAUUUAGCUUAUAACUGAUUAAUUUGUAUCUAUAUCAUUAUC